CUAGGCCGCGCUUCCGGCUUCCGCUAAGCGCCGAGGCAGGUUCUCCGGCAGCAAACAUUGGCGAUUGGCCGGCUUGUGACCGAAGCGACCUGUCGUUCCUGAACCAAUGAAUUCGUGAAGGAAGGGAGGGCGUGAUUGCCUCCGGUUGCUAUGGCAAUGGCUGGGAGCAGUUAUUCCACCUACUUGCUUCUUGGAGGUUCGGGUGCGGGCAAAACUCUGCUGGUCAAGCGGCUGCAGAAGCUGAGCUCCAAGGAUGGUGCUAAGGACCUUGGGGAGCCACCCGCUACUCUGCCUACGGUAGGCACAAAUCUUACUGACCUUCCAAUAGGAAAGAAGAUCACAAUCCGGGAACUGGGAGGAUGCAUGGGCCCCAUCUGGUCCAGUUAUUACAGUGACUGCUGCUGUGUCCUGUAUAUGAUUGAUGCUGCCAAGCCUACCCAGAUUUCCUCAUCCUGCAUUCAACUUCUGUCACUCCUAUCUGCUGAGCAGCUAGCAUCAGUCCCUGUCCUCAUCAUUUUCAAUAAGAUUGAUCUACCCUGCUACAUGUCGCUGGUGGAAAUGAAGUCGUUGUUCCGCAUCCAGGAUAUCAUUGCCUGUGCCAAGCAGCCCAUUACUGUUGUAGAGACUAGUGCACGUGAUGGUACUGGUUUAUCCAAUGUGAUGGAGUGGUUUCAUUCUACUCACCGUGAUUUAAGUUGACCCUCCCAGAAGCUGGAGAUGUCUCUCACCUCAAGUACCUCAGUUGGACAUGAAGGAGAGAAGAGAGCUAGACAACAGUCCUAGUUAUCUCUGGGGGAGUGAAUUAGGAAGUGACAGCAAGCAAAACUGACAGUUCCCUGCGGGCAGUGGAAAUAAAUUGCUGCUAUGGACUUUGAUGUAGUUUGAACUUGAAAGUUAAUAUUUUCAUAUUUAAAUCAUUCAAUAUCUUGCCUCUUGUUUUGUACCUGGAAGUGCUUCUACAGAAGGGGAGACAAACUACAUGUCUGUCACUUCCUCUUUUUUCAAUUAAGGACUGCCCUGGACUCCUUCAGGGAAAAGGGCAGGAUAUAAAUUGAAUGAAUACAUUUCUCAGAAUUCAAGUGCCCGAGAGAUCAAUGCCAGUUCUCAAAUUUCCACUGUGGCUUACAGCCUCUUUAUAUGGUUCUUUAUUCAUUCAGUAAAUGCACAGUUAACACAGGAUCCAAAAGUCUUCUAUCAAGGUAGCACUUGGUUUCAGCAAUAUUGUAACUUCUCAUCAUUCUAAGUGGAAUAUCAUAUGAAAUAAAGUAAUUCUUCUUUCAGGUAUUCACAUAACAA